AUGCCGAAUGACGAGCGACCCAAAGCAGCCGACAAGGGCAAAGGAAAGGUGGACGAUGUCAGGGACCUGGAUGGAGAGAAGAAGGAUGGUAAAGAUGCCAAAUCUCUGACGAAUGGGAAGAAGGAGGAGGAAACAAAAGAAGAAGAGCUUAGUGAGGAAGACCAACAACUUAAAAAUGAACUUGAGAUGCUCGUUGAGAGGUUACACGAAUCCGAUAAGUCUCUCUACAAGCCUGCUUUGGAAGCUAUAAAAACCUUCAUCAAAACGUCUACAUCCUCUAUGACCGCUGUUCCGAAACCUCUUAAAUUCCUUAGACCACAUUAUGAUGAGCUUGCUGUGCUUUAUGAGCAAUGGUCCGCGGGUGAUGAUAAGGACUCCCUUGCGGAUAUGCUAUCGGUUCUGGGCAUGACCUACGGAGACGAAGAGAAGCUGGAGACCCUCAAAUAUCGCCUGCUAACCAAAUCGAACGAUCUGGGCUCGUGGGGUCACGAGUACAUCCGACACCUUGCGCUGGAGAUUGGGCAGGAAUACCAAAAUCGGUUGACGGAUGAUAAGGAUGUGCAAGAUUUGGUUGAUCUUUCUUUAUCACUGGUGCCAUACUUCCUAGCCCAUAAUGCCGAGGCAGACGCAGUGGAUCUCCUGAGUGAACUUGAGAUGAUCGAGGAAAUACCCAAGUUCCUUGACGAGAAUACGUACUCGAGAGUCUGUCUGUAUAUGGUCAGCAUGGUCAACCUUCUCACAUACCCUGAAGACCAUCAGUUCCUGCGGACGGCACAUGACAUCUACAUGACGUACAACAAGCUCACUCAAGCCAUUGUUAUUGCUAUUCGUCUCAACGAUAUCGAUCUUAUUAAGAACGAUUUCAAUUCAACUAACGAUCAGGCUAUCAGGAGACAAAUGGCAUUCCUUAUUGCGCGGCAACAGAUAUGGCUUGAUUUGACACCAGAGGAGGAAGAGGAAGGCGGCCAAGAGCUAACAGAGUGCCUUCACAAUAUUCAGCUACACAACCACUUCAAGGCCCUUGCAAAGGAACUCAAUAUUCUAGAUCCCAAGAUGCCGGAAGACAUCUACAAAACACAUCUGGAAAACAGUCGGGGGGCUGGGCUCACUAAUGUGGAUUCCGCAAGACAUAACCUGGCAAGCGCUUUCGUCAAUGCUUUCGCCAAUGCUGGAUUCUGCAACGAUAAACUCAUGUUAGUGGACGGUGAUAAGGGGCCCUGGGUUUGGAAAACGAAAGAUGACGGUAUGCUUUCCACGGCUGCGUCGUUGGGAAUGCUGCUGCAAUGGGACGUGGAGGAAGGUCUGGAUAAAAUUGAUAAAUUCACGCUGGCUGAAGAGGAGCAGAUCAAGGCAGGAGGAUUGCUUGGUAUUGGUAUCCUAAACUCUGGCGUUCGACUUGACGCAGACCCGGCAAUGGCUCUACUCAGUGAAUCUGUUGGACCAGAGGCCAAGAGUGUGACAGUCAGGGUGGCAGCAAUAAUGGGUCUGGGUCUAGCGUAUGCCGGCUCGUGCAAAGAGGAGCUCCUCGAACUCCUUCUGCCCAUCGUUGAAGAUGCCUCCCUUGAUAUGCAAAUAUCUGCCAUGGCAGCUGUAUCACUGGGAAUGAUUUUUGUCGGCUCUUCCAAUCAUCAAGUUAGUGAGGCUAUCGCGACUACCUUGAUGGAUGAGGAGAGGCAGAGGCAGUUGAAAGAUAAAUGGACACGAUUUAUGGCCCUUGGUCUUGCGCUGCUCUACUUUGGCCGGCAGGAAGAGGUCGAUGUUAUCCUGGAUAUUCUUAAGGCGAUCGACCAUCCCAUGGCGAAACCUACUUCUGUUCUUGCUUCGGUGUGCGCCUGGGCCGGUACCGGCACGGUUUUAAAGCUCCAAGAACUGCUCCACAUCUGUAACGACUACAUCGAAGACAAGGAAGAGAAGAAAGGUGAUGAGCUGGUGCAAUCUUAUGCUGUUAUUGGACUCUCUCUCAUCGCGAUGGGCGAAGAUAUUGGUCAAGAUAUGGUCCUGCGGCAAUUUGGACAUCUGAUGCACUACGGCGCCGCAAACAUCCGAAAAGCAGUCCCACUCGCCAUGGGCUUGAUUAGCCCAAGCAAUCCGCAAAUGAAGGUAUAUGACACCCUAUCCAGAUACAGCCACGACAAUGAUAACGACGUCGCCAUCAACUCCAUUUUCGCUAUGGGCCUUCUUGGCGCCGGAACCAAUAAUGCACGACUCGCACAGCUCCUCCGGCAACUAGCAAGCUACUACCACCGUGAUCAAAACUCACUCUUCAUGGUCCGCAUUGCCCAGGGUCUCCUCCAUAUGGGCAAAGGCAGUCUAUCCGUCAACCCCUUCCACACAGAUCGCCAGGUCCUUUCCCGCGUGGCCGCUGCCGGCCUGCUUACGGUCCUGGUCGCCAUGAUUGAUGCAAAGGAUUUCAUUCUCGCCGACGCGCACUAUCUCCUCUAUUUUUUUGUUACGGCCAUGUAUCCGCGAUUCCUAGUAACGCUCGAUGAAGAUCUGAAGCCGCUCACUGUGAACGUCCGCGUUGGGCAGGCUGUUGAUGUCGUGGGUCAGGCAGGAAAGCCAAAGACGAUUACUGGCUGGCAAACACAGAGCACGCCGGUGCUAUUGGCUUAUGGAGAGAGGGCGGAGUUGGAGGAUGAGGAAUACAUCAGUCUAAGUAGUACCCUGGAGGGGCUUGUUAUUUUGCGCAAGGUAAGCCGGAAAAUCCAUUAA